AUGGUAAAGGAUACUGGUGAAGGUCAUCUUCACAGAGCUUAGUAGGAAAGAGGCACAACAGCAGCUUGAUGAGAUGAAGCGUGCCCUUAUAUUGUCGUCUAGCAUGAAGUCCAAGGGUGAUCAUUCAUCAUAUUCCCAUGAAAGUUUUAUCCAUUCAGAUUCUAGGUUGUCAGCCUGUGAUCCUGGACAACCCUACUCACAAUAUUCAAGCCCCUUGUUGGGACUUCAAACAGAUUUUGGGACAGGCUCUUGGAUUGGUCCUCCUGGACAUGCUUCGCUGCCAAACCCUGCCAACGCAAUUAAAGGAUAUACAGGGGUGGAGCAUUCUGUCGCAUUAGCGGCAAUGCAGCCUCGUCCUUACAACAAUGUGAGUAGAGAGGUUCAUGCAUCUGUGGGUCUUCUUUUCUUUUAUAUUUUUCAAUACAUGGUUUGGCUUUAUUUGAGGUGGUUGGGGGUUCCUUUAGUGUUUGGGAUAGCGUUUAAUAUGAGCUCCGUUCUAACUAUACAUACAUCUUUUUAGCUUCCUAUCAUUGAUUUUGUGUUCUGCCUUACCAGUCCAUGUUACUGGAAGAUCACUUUUAUGAAGGAUAGGCUUUUCAUUGUGGAAACCAACUUUGAAACUUUGGAAACCACUUGCUGGAAUAUGACCCUCUAACUUGUAAAAUAUUCUCUCUUGAAUUUUUAUACUUG